CAAACCCAUUUCGUACUCUCGUAGAGCAGUGCAUGCCUAGCCGGAAGCCAACCGUGCCGGGUGAUCGGGAAAUAAGUGAAAAGAUAUCGUGUCGGAUCGGGCACGUCAAGUUGACCGUUUGACAAUUCGUCACCGAGAAGAAAAGAGAGUAUAUAAAGUCAAUCGUCAAGAAAAAUGAAUUGUACUACUUAAUAGGCGUGUACGUCAGCAGUUGUCGUAUGUAAACUCGCGUGACAAUGUCAAAGUAAUAAGGAUAGAAACGAGAAAAAAACCGCUUUCCUUGAACGCUAAAAUCGCGAUAGUGAAAACGAACAAAAUAUCUCGAUGGUUCUUCGCGGUUUGUUGGCCCCUGCGGCGGCUCGUUGGAGGAGAAAUAAAACUGCAAAAAGGAGCCAGAGCGUCGUUCGGGACAGCGUAAACGCGCCUGUCGGCCAAUUAGGACUGUCACGUUAUGGACCGCAGGUGAUGAGCGUCCUGUGUUUAUGCACCUCCAGCAUCCAUCAGUCUACCCGUAACGUCGCACACACCGGCAAGAUACUCCCGAGUCCGCCGUUAGACACUCUCUGCGAGCAGCAAAUAACGCCCUCGCAAGAAAUACCCACUGACGAGCUGGCUUUGUUAGCUAAGCUGGAGGAAGCCAAUAGGCUGAUCGAAUCCGAUGCAAAAUCACUGAACUCUCUCCAAAGCAAUCAUAGCAGAAAGGGCUCCGAUACAUCACAGGUGUCUGUGGCGUCGGGGGGCAGCGGAGGUAACGGCGAUGCUGCUCCUCGACGCCACAAUCCGACCGAUGGUGAAGAAAAUACGUGGACUCUCUGGGGUCAUAUAGUGUCUGAUUGGGAUUAUCACUGGAAGAAACGGAAAGAAUUUGUUAAGGAAUUGGUUCGUCAAGGCAUACCUCAUCAUUUCAGGGGCAUUGUUUGGCAGUUACUAAGCGGUGCUCAUGAUUCUCCUGUUAAGAAACAAUUUGCUGAGUAUAUUAAAGCGACGUCAGCCUGCGAGAGGAUAAUUAGAAGGGAUAUCGCUAGGACGUAUCCUGAACAUGACUUUUUUAAAGAAAAAGAUGGUCUUGGUCAGGAAAGUCUGUUUAAUGUUAUGAAAGCAUACAGCCUUCACGAUCGUGAAGUAGGAUACUGCCAAGGCUCAGGAUUUAUAGUAGGAUUACUUUUAAUGCAGCAAAUGCCAGAAGAAGAAGCUUUUGCUGUACUAGUAGCGCUUAUGCAAGAAUAUCGCUUACGAGACAUGUUCAAACCAAGUAUGGCCGAAUUAGGAGUAUGCAUGUAUCAGUUGGAACAUUUAGUUGCUGAUACGCAUCCCGAAUUACACGCUCACUUCACGGCCCAAGGUUUCCAUACGUCGAUGUAUGCGUCUUCUUGGUUUCUUACAUUAUUCACCACAGCGCUAAGUCUUCCUCUAGCAUGCCGCAUUUUUGACGUCUUUCUAUCAGAGGGCAUGGAAAUUAUCUUCAAGGUCGCAUUAGCGAUGUUACAUUUAGGCAAAGAAGAUUUGCUCAGUUUAGACAUGGAAGGAAUGUUGAAGUUUUUCCAGAAGCAAUUGCCCGGAAAGGCCGAAAAAGACCCUGAUGGUCUCAUGACACUCGCUUAUGGAAUGAAAAUCAAUCCGAAAAGAAUGAAGAAAUUAGAAAAGGACUAUACUAUCCUAAAGAUGAAGGAGCAGGAAGAAAUGGUCGAACUACGUAGACUUAGAGCGGACAACAGGUUACUUAGACAAAGAACUGAACUUUUAGAAGCGGAGUCCGCGGAACUGGCCGAUAGAUUAGUUCGGGGUCAAGUUUCACGAGCGGAAGAAGAGGAGACUGCUUUUAUAGCACAGAGAGAAUUGGCGGCGCUCCGGCACUCGCAUCUCGAGACGAGUCAUCAGCUCGAACAAGCUCACGAGGAAUUGAGAUCGCUUUCGCUUCUUCUCGAGGAGAACGUGACAUCUAGACAAUCAUCGAUGGAUGAAAUAUUACUAAAGCAAGAAGCAUUGUCCCAGAAGGAGGAGAUAAUACAGUGUUUGCAAGAGGAAUUGGUUAGGGUUAGAUUACACGAGGCAGAAAAUGAUGCACUGAUCAGGGAACUCAGGGGAAGAAUACAAGAAUUGGAACAAGAUAAAAAGACUCUGCGUGAAUCAACGCCGGACAACUCUGUUGCUCACUUGCAAGAGGAACUCAUUGCGGUUAAGCUUAGAGAGGCGGAAGCUAAUUUAUCCUUAAAGGAUUUACGACAAAGGGUUAUGGAAUUAAGUGCAGCCUGGCAGAGACAUUUGCAAGAGCAUCGGUCCGCUCAAUCGGCACCUGCCGCUGAUUCUACGCCAAAGAAGCUGCUGUUUUGGGAAAAUCGGGGUCACGAAGUACAGAAGUUUGAGGAAGAUUUAAUGACGACUAGGAUUCGAGAGAUGGAGGCGUUAACCGAAGUUAAAGAACUUCGACUUAAAGUUAUGGAGCUUGAAACUCAGGUGCAGGUGGCAACCAAUCAGCUUCGUAGACAAGAUGAAGGUGGAAAAGUACUUAAGGAUGAUUUGGAGACUGCGUUAGCUCGGGAAAAGGACCUGGCCGCCAAAUUGAGAGAACAACAGCACAAAUACUCCGAUCUGGAGUCGAAAAUGAAGGACGAGGCUAUGAUGGCCAGAAUACGCGACGCCGAACAUGCACAGCAAGUGGCGGAACUUACGCAAAAAAUAUCUCUUCUCGAACUGAAGAACGAGGAGAUGUAUGCAGAGGGCGAACUUAGAAAUAAUUUAGAUGACAGCGAAAAAGUGAGAGAACUUCAGGAUAAAGUUGCUGAAUUAAAGGCCGAGGUCAUGAGGCUAGAGAGCUGGAAGCAACGAUGGACGGGUCUCGGCGGCCAAACUGUGCGAAGUUUUAGCGUCGAUACUGAAAGCGAAUUGGACGAGCGGGAUCUCAGAAUUUGCUUACAGGAUCAUAUCAAUACGACCACGCCAAACUCACCCGAGGUAUAGAAUUCUCUAUGUAGGUAUACCAGACCAUUAGUAGGCAGCUAACUAAUACUCCGUUACUCGAUGCGUACUACGAAUCUUUUGUUCGUCGUUCGGCUUUCGCUGUAGGAAAUAACGCGUUAUGCGCUUAGAUUGUAAUAUACGGGGGUGUAUACCCCCGUAAUAAUCCUGUUUAGUUACGUGUAUUAUUAUUACUAGGCCAAAUAUAACGAAUAUGCAUAGCCAAUUAAUUAAUUAAUUAAUUAAACGAUAAUGAGAACGAAACAAUGAAAUAAUAAUGAUAGACACUUUCGGUAAUCGACCCAUGUAAUCUCGAUCGUAAUCAGGAACAAUGGUUUUAAAGAAAUCGAGUUAUAAUUUAUAAUUGAUAUUCGAUAUUUGGAGAUUUCUUUAAUGCUACAUCUUUUUCUCGGAGCGAUCACCCCAUUCAAAUGACAAUGUUUUAAUGCUUUAUGUGCACCAUAGUCGAGAAUAUUGUUUAUUACUACAGCAAUAUAUUAUUAUUAUUAUACUUUACAUAUUAUAUUACAUGGAGUAUUGUAGAGCAUAAUUAACAGCAGAGUAUUAUAUAUAGAAUAUGUAACUAACAAUUGUUUAUUAGCCAGUAAAUGUCACUGUCACAUAAUACUAAUUUUUGUUCAGAACGAGGGUUAGACUGAUAAUAUGUGAUAAUAUAAUCUCGAAAGAAUUUCAAAAUCUAAAAAUUGCAAAUUUAAAUUUGUUCUUUCGUGAAAUUCAAGCAAAUUUUGUA